AAGCUGCUUUGAUUUGAUUGACUGAAGCACUCGACUGUUACCUUGAAGGUUCUACUUAAGCUUCCAUCUGGAGUCUAGAGGAGCCGCAUGAGAAGCUACCGCGGGUCCCGAUUUGGCCCCCGGGGUCUUGAGUUUGACUCACAGUGGCUUUCUUCUUUCCCGUUUUGUUGUGUGCUAAAAGGCCAGAUUUGCUCUACUAGUCGUUGUCCCGCUGACAGACCCUCCCGCCUUAGCCGGCCACUUCAGCUCUCCAUCCCCCCUCUGCCUCGCAGUCGCUCCUGUUUGCAUUCAGACUUGGCGCUGGCGUUCCCUUUCAGUCAAUGCCGAACUCAAAGCCUCUACAUUACGGCCGUCCUUUCUCUCGUCAGCCUCGGCUUUGCCGACGUGGAGCUUUGUUCUUGCCGGUUGACAGUUUGUAUUAAUCAAAGGGAAAUUGCAGCAGGGGGAACGUGGGGGCAGGUCAGCGCGUUUGUAAUGGUGUCAAGAGCCAAUUGUCUUGAAGGUCAGUGGCGCAUUCGCAGAGCUUUCACUCCGGCCUGGUUCAAGAGAGCAUGUCAUUCGGUUUCUAUCUGUCUCAUUGUCGGCUAAAGACGCUCCGUGACCUGCUGCACUUUCCUCUAAUGUGGUGAGAGCGUAUUACUGGACGUGGGACAAAUGAAGGAGCCGAGAUCAACCUUUAGCAGUGCCUCCUUUAAAGUUGGAAAACCUGGAAGGAAGCGUAAGCAGUUUCCAGUGGAGAGCUGCGGAUCCAUCACGGACUGCGCGAGCGUUUGCAACAGCUACCUCGAGCUGUGCCGGCCGUCCAUAUCGCAAGUCUACAACGGAGAGACCGACCCGCGCGGAGACAAGACGCCCGACGCCUGCUUCCCCAAACAGGAGAGGCAGGAAGUAGAGAAUGGAAUUCCCAGAUGCCCGUCCUCCUACCAGGAGGAGGAGGAGGAGGGCUCCCAGGGUCAGAGCCCCAGUCCCUCCCAGGAGAAUGGCUUCCUGUCCAGCCAGGAGGAGCGAGAGCUGGAGAAGGACAAGGACGACGGCCUGACGAUGCCGCGCAAGAAAAGAGGGAGGCGGAAACUGGAGCGGCCGACGAAGUAUGUGGAGCACAAGGAAGACGACGGGUGUGACGCAAUCAAGACCGAGGGAGGUCGAGGCAGGCUACGAAGGGGAGUUGGUUGGGAGAUCAGCCUUCGACAGAGGCCAAUGCCCAGAAUAACCUUCCAGGCUGGUGACCCUUAUUACAUUAGCAAGCGGACCAGGGAGGAGUUGAUGGCCAAGUGGAAGAUGGAGGCAGAGAAAAGAGCCAAGCUAAUGUCAGAGAUCAACAUAAUGAAGGACCUGGAGAAGAGCGACGCAGAGAGCCGGACGGAGGAACUCCCAAUAAUCAAACACCCGCAGCCUUCAAAGCAACAACCUCAGCCUCAGCCGCACAGCCAGCCUCCGCCGCAGCCUCAGUAUCAGCAGCAAUCACAGCCGUCUCUGCAGCAGCAGCAGCAGCAUCAACACAAGCAGCCACCUCAACAGCAGCAGCAGCAGCAGCAGCAGCAGCAGCAACCUACUGACCCGGCUUCUCCCACCGUGGCCACCACCCCGGAGCCUGUCGCCAUCGGAGGAGAGGAAAAAACUUCCCAAAAGUCUUCGGACACCGAGCCCGAGUAUGAGGACGGCCGUGGUUUUGGCAUCGGCGAGCUGGUUUGGGGGAAGCUGCGAGGUUUUUCUUGGUGGCCGGGCCGCAUCGUGUCCUGGUGUAUGACGGGCCGGAGCAGAGCCGCCGAGGGAACCAGAUGGGUCAUGUGGUUUGGAGACGGAAAAUUCUCAGUGGUAUGUGUAGAGAAACUUCUGCCUUUAAGUUCAUUUAAUAAUGCCUUUCACCAACCAACUUACAACAAACAGCCCAUGUACAAGAAAGCAAUCUACGAAGUGUUACAGGUGGCUAGUAGCCGGGCAGGAAAAGCCUUUAUAGCCUGCCCCGACAGUGACGAAAGUGAAACCUCCAAAUCAGUGGACAUGUUAAACAAGGAGAUGAUUGAGUGGGCGAUGACCGGGUUUCAGCCCACUGGACCUAAGGGCUUAGAGCCACCUGAAGAGGAGCGUAACUCCGAGGUUUACCCCGAGAUUUGGGUGGAGCCCGAAGCGGCGGCCUACACGCCCCCCCCAGCCAAAAAGCCUCGCAAAAGCACGGUGGAGAAAGGGAAAGUCAAGGACAUCAUCGACGAGAGGACGCGAGAGCGACUUGUUUAUGAAGUGAGACAAAAGUGCCGCAGCUUGGAGGACAUCUGCAUCUCGUGUGGAAGUCUGAACGUGAGCCUGGAGCACCCCUUGUUCGCCGGAGGAAUGUGCCAGAGCUGCAAGAACUGCUUCCUGGAAUGCGCGUACCAAUACGACGACGACGGUUAUCAGUCGUACUGCACUAUCUGCUGCGGCGGACGUGAGGUGCUCAUGUGUGGAAACAACAACUGCUGCAGGUGUUUCUGUGUGGAAUGUGUAGACCUCCUCGUCGGUCAAGGAGCCGCCCACGCUGCCAUCAAAGAGGACCCGUGGAACUGCUUCAUGUGCAGUCCGAAGGGCGUGUUUGGUCUCCUGGAGCGCCGCUCAGACUGGCCCGACCAUCUGCAGCUCUUCUUCGCAAAUAAUCACGAUCAAGAUUUUGAUCCACCAAAGCUUUACCCCCCAGUCCUGGUGGAGAAGAGGAGGCCCAUUCGUGUUCUGUCGUUGUUUGAUGGCAUAGCGACAGGACUGCUGGUGUUAAAAGAACUUGGCAUCCAAGUGGAUCGCUAUGUGGCGUCCGAAGUGUGUGAAGACUCAAUCACAGUGGGCAUGGUCCGACAUCAGGGACGGAUCAUGUAUGUUGGGGAUGUGAGGAAUGUCACACGCAAACAUAUUCAGGAGUGGGGUCCAUUUGACCUCGUCAUUGGUGGAAGUCCCUGCAACGACCUCUCAAUAGUCAACCCUGCUCGGAAGGGCGUUUAUGGAGGCAGCGGCCGCCUCUUCUUUGAGUUCUACCGGCUGCUCCACGAGGCUCGGCCCAAGGAAGGAGACGACAGACCGUUCUUCUGGCUCUUUGAAAACGUUGUUGCGAUGGGUGUGAGCGACAAGAGGGACAUCUCUCGCUUUCUAGAGGUUAGCUCCUACAGUGAUCGAGGACUGCCUGCGAGUUAAACAUAGUAAACAAGACAGUACACCUCCUCUUGAUUGUACUUUUAAUAUAUAAAAUGAUCUGCCUCAAGUUAUAUGUGGGUAAACUUUAUUUUAACAAGGCACCAAAUGAUUACUGGGUUGUGACUGCCCCCUUGUGGCGAUUUCUUGUCGAGGAGU